AUGCCGCAUUGGACUGCUCUAGCUGCAGAGAAGAAACAGAGGCAGCUCAAGUCCAUUCCACAGGAGUGGCUUGUGACUCCGCCUCCACCUUCUACUCUGGAUGUAACUGGUUUUCCAGAGUCAUGUGGCCUUCUGAAUGCCCAAGAAAUUGAGAUCACCAAUACUUCGGUGGAUGUUUUAUUAAAGAAACUUGCAAGUGCGGAAUGGACAGCUGUAGACGUGACCACCGCGUUCUCCAAGAGGGCCAUUGUUGCCCAUCAGCUUGUCAAUUGCUUGACGGAAAUCUUUAUUGAUCGUGCAUUGGCCCGAGCGGCUGAACUCGAUGAUCACUUGAAGAAGACAGGGAAGGUCAUUGGUCCCCUUCACGGGCUGCCCAUAUCUCUAAAGGACCAGCUAUGUAUCAAAGGACUAGAAACCACUAUGGGUUAUAUUUCGUGGAUUGGGCAGUAUGCAGAGAAAAAUGCGGUGUUGGUCGACAUUCUGAUCGAGUGCGGAGCCGUGCCAUUCGUCCGCACCAACAUUCCGCAGACACUCAUGUGGCCAGAAUCGUUCAAUAAUAUCUUCGGCCGGACAACUAACCCGAACAACGUCUCUCUGACCUCAGGUGGGUCAUCAGGAGGAGAGGGUGCAUUGAUUGCCCUAAAAGGAAGCCCAUUGGGAGUCGGUUCUGAUAUCGGAGGCUCUGUUCGUAUUCCCGCUGCAUUCUGCGGUAUAUACGGCCUGAGGCCGUCAUACGGGCGUGUACCGUACUGUGGUGCCCGCAACUCGCUUGAGGGCCAAGACUCGAUUCUCUCCGUGUUCGGUCCUAUGACAAGCAGUCUCGGCGGGCUCAAAGUCUUCAUGAAAGCUGUCGUUAACUCUAAACCGUGGCUCAAGGACCCUCUUGCGGUUCGGAAGAAAUGGGACGAAGAGGAGUACGAUCUCGUAGACCAUGGGUCUGGCAAGGAUUUGUGUUUUGCAAUCAUGUGGAACGAUGGUGUUGUUGUUCCCCACCCACCUAUCAGAAGGUCUCUGGAAAUCACCAAAGCGGCUCUCCAGAAGGCUGGCCACAAAGUUGUUGACUGGAAACCCAUCAAGCACAGAUUGCUUGGAGAUGUCGCGCGGGACAUCUGGAACGCCGCUUCUGCUGAGGACUUCAUGAUCACGACCUCUACCACAGGGGAGCCAAUAAUUGCAACGAUGGAGCUGGACGACACAGAUGUUGAGGCAGCGGCCUUCCGUCCGCAAAAUGGCGGUGUCACUGCAUACCAACUCUGGCAAGUGCAGAAGCUGCGUCAGAAUAUCCGGAAAGAAUAUAUAGACCAUUGGAACGCAACUGCCUCUGAGACUGGGACAGGACGGCCUGUCGAUGCUAUCAUUUGUCCAGCUGCACCAUUUGCUGCACCUCUCCAUGGGAAGAACAAGUACGCCAACUAUACUACCGUUUGGAACACGCUCGACUAUCCCGCUGCGGUUUUCCCUGUGACUACUGUCGACUCCACUCUCGAUGGGAAGGAACCUCCUCAUAAUUUCUAUGACGACUUCGAUAAGUCCGUGUACGAAAUGUAUGACCCGGAGAAAUUCAAGAACGCUCCUGUUUGUCUGCAACUUGUCGGUCGGACUUUGGAGGAAGAGGCGGUUAUAAAAAUGACAGAAAUUGUAGAUGCGGCGCUGGCAGCCGCUAAAUAA